AUGCCGAAUCCGCUCCUGUUCGUCGGCAAGGGCGCGGCGCUGACGGCGGCGGCCCGAGCGGCUGACAAGGCGAACGAAGGCGGCGGAGCAUUCCAGCGGCUGGGCGAGGGCCGCGGCGCGGCAAUCCGGCUCGCGUGGCCGGCGGAGGCGCUGCACACCGUGCCGCUCGAGAGGCGGGCGGCGGCGGGCGACGCGGACGACCCGUUCGCGCACGGCCGUCCGAUCACCAAGAGGGCGAGGCGCGCGGCGGGCGAGCUGCGCGCCGUGCAGCACCAGGAACGUGCGGAGGCGCCCAGAGAGGCGGAGCGGGCGGCGGCAGAGGAGCGGACGGCGGAGCAGGCGGCGCUGCUGGCGCCGCUCGCGGCGACGGACACCACGGCGCGCCUGGCGAAGCGGAGGCGGAGCGCCCUCGUGGCGGCGGUGCUGCAUCAACCCAUUGCGGAGCCGGCGGGCCGGGCGGCUCAGAUGCUCGCGCCGCUCGGCGAGCACUUGAAGAGGCAGUGCGACGAGGUGGCGAGGCGGUGGGACGACUUCCAGACGGAGAUGGAGCGGCUUGACGAAGACGGCGGCGAUGCGGACAUGCGCUCCAACUUUGCGAACGGGAUGCGGGACGGGUAUCCGUGCCAGCAGCUCACCCUCGGCUUCCCGGCGGGACAGGAGGCGAUGGCGUACUGGCGACCCAUCCGCGACCAUUUCUCGAGCCUCGUGGGAGGAGGGAGAGGGAGCGGCGGGGUCGAGCAGCUCGCCGGCGUCGCGCAGGCGGCGGCCAGCGCGUUGCAGGUGGCGGUGGGCGCGAACGCGACCACCGCGGCGUACUGCCUCCACGGGUGCGACCCGCACGACAGCAGGCUCGAGCCGUCCUGCGACUCGACCUGCUACCCCGGCCCUACCACCUACCUAGACUCUGUGCUGGUUCGCGGUUUCGCCGGAGAUCCCAUGCGUCAAACCCGAAAGGGUUGGAGGGCCUCUCGCUGGGAGGAGGGUCACCUGUAG